AUCAGGCCUUAUUCUGAGUUGGGUUGAGCUCUUGGAGUUGGUUUAGUUGCUGAGAAAUUGUGAUGAUGAGAAAGAAGAUUUUGGGAUCUUGUAAUAGGGGUUUAAAGGAAUAAAUGCUGAGAGUCUCCAUCAUUGUAUUUUAGAUUCUGGUGAAUCUGUUGUCUCUCAUUUGGUUUCUUUUUUCUUUUCUGUGGGCAACCACACUACAUGGAAGGAUAUUGUAAUCAGUCUUAAUUCUCAAAUAUGGCAUCAAAAUCAUUUAAGCCUAGUCGAUUGUCUCAAUCAAGUUCAACAAGGUCUGAUGUCAAUGAAAGCCAGAAAGUAACAUUUGCUCGGAGAACGUCCUCCGGUCGCUAUGUCAGCUACUCUAGAGAUGAUCUUGACAGUGAACUCGGGAGCACUGACUUUGCGAAUUAUACAGUGCAUUUACCGCCAACCCCAGACAACCAACCUAUGGAUCCAUCGAUUUCACAGAAAGUUGAGGAGCAGUAUGUGUCGAAUUCACUCUUCACGGGUGGAUUCAACAGUGUUACAAGAGCCCAUUUGAUGGAUAAGGUGAUAGAAUCCGAGGCAAACCAUCCACAGAUGGCCGGAGCAAAAGGAUCCUCAUGUGCAAUUCCUGGUUGUGAUUCUAAAGUGAUGAGUGAUGAGCGCGGCGUUGAUAUUCUUCCUUGUGAGUGUGACUUUAAGAUAUGUAGGGAUUGUUAUAUAGAUGCAGUAAAAGCAGGAGGUGGGAUAUGCCCGGGAUGCAAGGAGCCGUAUAAGAACACAGAAUUAGAUGAAGUGGCGGUGGACAAUUCACGCCCCCUUCCGCUUCCUCCGCCUAGUGGAAUGUCUAAAAUGGAGAGGAGAUUGUCCUUGAUGAAGUCAACAAAGUCAGCAUUAAUGAGGAGCCAAACCGGAGACUUUGAUCAUAAUAGGUGGCUCUUUGAGACAAAGGGAACCUAUGGCUAUGGCAAUGCUAUAUGGCCAAAGGAAGGAGGUUUUGGAAAUGAAAAAGAGGAUGGUGUUGCUGAGCCAACUGAGUUAAUGAACAGACCCUGGAGGCCGCUUACUCGGAAAUUGAAGAUACCUGCUGCUGUUCUAAGUCCAUAUCGCUUGCUCAUUUUUGUUCGAUUGGUCGUCCUGACUCUAUUCCUUAUGUGGAGAGUGAGCCACAAAAAUACUGAUGCAAUCUGGCUGUGGGGUAUGUCCGUUGUUUGUGAGAUAUGGUUUGCCUUCUCCUGGCUUCUAGAUCAACUUCCCAAACUAUGCCCGAUAAAUCGUUCCACGGAUCUCAAUGUUCUGAAGGAAAAGUUCGAGACACCGACUCCUAACAAUCCUACAGGGAAGUCUGAUCUUCCAGGCAUUGAUGUCUUUGUGUCUACUGCAGAUCCGGAGAAAGAACCACCUCUUGUCACAGCAAACACUAUAUUGUCCAUUUUAGCUGCUGAUUACCCUGUUGAGAAGCUUUCUUGCUAUGUUUCCGAUGAUGGAGGUGCCCUUCUUACUUUUGAGGCAAUGGCUGAAGCUGCCAGCUUUGCUAAUAUUUGGGUCCCCUUCUGUCGUAAACACGAUAUCGAGCCAAGGAAUCCUGAAUCAUAUUUCAGCCUAAAGAGAGAUCCUUACAAGAACAAAGUAAAGCCAGAUUUUGUCAAGGAUCGAAGACGGGUGAAGCGUGAGUAUGAUGAGUUCAAGGUUAGGAUCAAUAGUUUGCCUGACUCAAUCCGUCGUCGGUCCGAUGCCUAUCAUGCUAGAGAGGAAAUCAAGGCCAUGAAACUUCAGAGGCAAAACAAAGAAGACGAACCCAUAGAACCGGCAAAGAUUCCAAAAGCAACAUGGAUGGCUGAUGGAACUCAUUGGCCAGGUACUUGGUUAAGUCCUACAUCUGAACACACAAGGGGAGACCAUGCUGGUAUAAUUCAGGUGAUGUUAAAACCUCCCAGUGAUGAACCUCUUCUUGGAAAUGCUGAUGAUACAAAGCUCAUUGAUGUGACUAACGUUGAUAUCCGACUUCCCCUUCUUGUUUAUGUUUCCCGGGAGAAGCGUCCGGGCUAUGAUCACAACAAAAAGGCUGGGGCCAUGAAUGCCUUGGUCCGAGCCUCAGCCAUAAUGUCUAAUGGUCCUUUUAUACUCAAUCUUGACUGCGACCACUAUAUCUACAACUCCAAAGCUAUGAGGGAAGGCAUGUGCUUUAUGAUGGAUCGUGGAGGCGACCGCAUUUGUUAUGUCCAGUUCCCCCAGAGAUUCGAGGGGAUCGAUCCCUCUGAUAGAUAUGCUAAUCACAACACCGUCUUCUUUGAUGUCAACAUGAGAGCCCUUGAUGGACUUCAAGGGCCAGUCUAUGUGGGAACUGGGUGCCUUUUCAGACGCGUUGCGCUAUACGGUUUCGACCCACCACGUUCAAAAGAGCAUAACCAGGGUUGUUGUAGUUGCUGCUUUGGUCGUCAGAAGAAGCUUGCUUCAAUGGCAAGCACCCCCGAAGAGAACAGGGCACUAAGAAUGGGUGAAUCUGAUGAUGAAGAAAUGAAUCUAUCUUUGUUCCCUAAGAAGUUUGGAAACUCAACAUUCCUCAUUGAUUCAAUCCCAGUGGCAGAGUUCCAAGGUAGACCUCUUGCUGAUCACCCUGCUGUGAAAAAUGGACGGCCACCGGGUGCUCUCACCAUUCCCCGGGAUCUUCUUGAUGCAUCAACCGUGGCCGAGGCCAUCAGUGUCAUCUCCUGUUGGUACGAGGACAAGACCGAGUGGGGACAGCGAGUUGGAUGGAUCUACGGCUCGGUUACUGAGGAUGUGGUCACUGGAUAUAGGAUGCACAACAGGGGAUGGAAAUCAGUUUACUGUGUGACUAAGCGCGAUGCCUUCCGCGGCACGGCACCAAUAAAUCUCACUGACAGGCUGCAUCAGGUCCUUAGAUGGGCUACUGGCUCAGUUGAAAUAUUCUUCUCACGGAACAAUGCCCUUCUUGCUAGCCCAAGAAUGAAAUUUCUUCAACGUAUCGCAUACCUCAACGUCGGAAUUUACCCGUUCACUUCCAUAUUCCUUAUUGUCUACUGCUUCCUCCCGGCGCUAUCCCUCUUCUCCGGCCAGUUCAUUGUGCAGACUCUCAAUGUUACUUUCCUUUCUUAUCUAUUAGGCAUCACUAUCACUUUGUGCAUGCUUGCAGUGCUCGAAAUCAAGUGGUCCGGCAUUGAGUUGGAAGAGUGGUGGCGAAACGAGCAGUUCUGGCUGAUUGGAGGGACCAGUGCUCAUCUAGCUGCAGUCCUCCAAGGCUUGCUCAAAGUCAUAGCCGGGAUAGAGAUCUCGUUCACAUUGACUUCAAAAUCUGCCGGCGAUGACGUAGAUGACGAGUUUGCUGACCUCUACAUUGUGAAAUGGACAUCCCUGAUGAUCCCACCAAUAACAAUCAUGAUGGUUAAUUUGAUAGCAAUUGCAGUGGGAGUUAGCAGAACGAUAUACAGUGUGAUACCGCAGUGGAGCCGUCUAAUAGGUGGUGUUUUCUUCAGUUUCUGGGUGUUGACUCAUCUAUACCCAUUUGCAAAAGGUUUGAUGGGAAGGAGAGGGAGGACACCUACCAUUGUUUUUGUAUGGUCAGGACUCAUAGCAAUCACAAUCUCUCUCUUGUGGGUGGCAAUCAAUCCCCCUGCUGGUUCUAACCAAAUUGGUGGUUCAUUCCAGUUUCCAUGAUCAUAGCUUUAUUCUUUUUUGUCAGAUGAAUCUGUCAAUUUUUUCUUUCUUUCUUUUGUUAUUUAGAUACAUUCUUUUUUAGAACUUGUGAAUUUAAUUAUGCUGUCUAUUGUGCUUAUGAUUUUAUUUAGAACUUGAAUCCAAAAGUGAGGAAAUGUCUACGGGUACUGACAAGGCCUUCGAUCACUA